AUGGACCUUUUCUACAACAUUUACACCGGAUUUCUUUUAGCUCUUCUGUUUCUGGCAUGGAGAAUAGUAUAUAAUCGAUAUUUUCACCCUCUGAGCCGCUAUCCUGGCCCAUUCGUCUGGGGGGUCUCCAGAAUCCCUUAUGCAGCAGCCUAUGCGCGUGGCAAUCUCCAUAGGUGGGUACAGCACCUCCAUGAUCAGUAUGGGGACGUUGUCCGUGUUGCUCCGGACGAAUUGAGCUACCGGAACGAGCAAGCGUGGAGAGACAUUCACGGCCCCUCGCGGAACUUCUCCAAGGACAUGCGAUUUUACCAUGUGUCCAAAGCAAAGGCUCCAAGUGUUGUGGUCGCUCCGGAUCCUGUCCAUGGUCGGCAGAAGCGAGCUAUUCUACGGGCUUUUUCGGAACCUGCCCUGAAAUCUCAUGAGCGUCUUCUACGCCCCUUUGUCGACACCCUUAUGCAAAAGCUGCAACAAUUAAUCACAGAGGAAAGGGAUCACGCCGUCGACAUGACAGAAUGGUAUAACUACGUGAUGUUUGACUUCAUGUCCCUCGAGCUAUUCGGCGAGUCAUUGGGAUGCCUUGAACAGGGGACGUAUCACCCCUGGGUAGACAUGCUUUUCGGGUCGAUCAAAGCGUGGGCCUUUCUUAGCCAAUCUAAGUAUUUCCCGGGUCUUUCUUGGAUAAUCAAAGCUGCAGUGCUUUUAUUUUGUCGCGAUCUGCUCCAUCAUCGGACCACGAAGCUCACUUCUAUCGCCUCAAAGGUUGAUAAGGGGAAGGUGUCUGAAUUAGAUCAACCUACUUUUAGUACUUAUAUCCGGGCCAGUAAAGACCCUCGAUCAACGCUUUCCGAAGAGGAAAUUCUAUCUAACCAUAGUUUCAUGAUGAUGGCCGGCAGUGAAACGACGGCCACCCUUUUAUCCGGGUGCACAUUCUUCGUUCUGAAGGAUCCGGAGAUAUACAAGGAAAUUUCUUUCCAAAUCCGACAUCGUUUUUCCUCUCCAUCAGAGAUAACUUUCUCGUCGCUAUCGAGUAUAUCAUACUUACGAGCCGUGCUACAAGAGACAUUGCGCAUGUACCCACCUCUGCCGCUCGGUAUGCCGCGCCUUGUACCGCGUGGGGGCGCUAUGGUGUCAGGGCAGUUCGUGCCCGAAAAGACAUCUGUUGCCGUUGCUUCGUGGGCGGCCUACCAGUCCUCGUCCAACUUCAAGGAUCCCCAGCUGUUUCUUCCGGAACGCUGGCUAGGACCUGGUCAAGGAGCUGAAGACGUCAAGGCUGCCAUGCAACCAUUUUCCGUGGGACCACGAGCGUGUCCGGGAAGGAGUCUGGCCUAUGCGGAGGCAAGCCUGAUCCUUGCACGAUUGAUCUGGCAAUUUGACCUGGAGUUAUUGCCCGAGUGCUUCAACUGGGCUGAUCAACGUGCUUAUAUCAUCUGGGACAAACCGCCUCUUCUGAUCAAAUUGACGCCACGCGCUUAA